AACGCGCACGCACGUUCACACGCACUUCCAGGAAACCAGCGAGCAGCUGUGAUUCUUGGGCGAAAGGCAAGAGGGCUGCUUCGCUUCCCCCUGUGAAGCCCAACUUUCACCUCGUUCUGCUCCUCCCGAGUCCUAAUCCGGGAGGUGUCCGUGGAGGGGCUUCGGGGUGGGUCGCAAUAUUAAUUUUCAAAAGCUGGAAACGAACCUUCCCAUCCGGUUCGUUUGCGCGCACACACGCACACACCCACAGCCGCUCACCCCCGCCCCAUCGCUGGCGUUUGAAGUAUGGAAAAGAGAAGCGAUUCGGCUGGGCUCUGUUUCGGCGGCAGAUCCCUUGAAGUGGAGUUCAUUUUUUGAUUCGGAUUCUCGCUCCCUUCCACUCUCGGACAAAUAGAGGCACCUCGGCUUUCACCGCCACUAAAGAUGCUGCUUCGGUAACUGAUUGAGAUCUCUUCCAGCCAACGGGAGGCGCGAUGGUCCCCCUGUGCUGGUGCUGCCCGCCAGCACCUGCACCGGCAGCAGUGGCGGCCAUCAUGACCGGGACCGGGGCGGCCACCCCUUCCUACCACUUCAAGAGUUUCUGUGGGGAGUUUGAGCGGGUGGAAAGCGCCCUGGAACGGCUGGAGGCCAGCGGCUUCUACUGGGGCAGCCUGUCGGGCACCGAGGCCAAGCGGCUUUUGACCUCCCGGCCACCCGGCGUCUUCCUGGUGCGAGACUCCUCCGAUCACCACCACCUCUUCACCCUGAGCGUCCGCACCAACACGGGCAUCACCAACCUGCGGAUCCAGCAGCAGGGCUCGGCCUUCCACCUGGAGGCCCUGCCAGGGGCUGGUCACCCCCCAACGUUCCGCGGUGUGGUCCAGCUGGUAGAACACUAUCUCUGCCUGGGGGCGGUGGAAGGGGGCCCCUGCUACCUGGAGAGGGAGGGGCAGCCACCGGUGCCGUUGGCCCUCACACAGCCACUGUGCUGCAAGGUGCCCACUCUGCAGGAGAUGUGCCGUCGGGCUGUGCGAGCCAGCGUGCGGGGGGGAGGUGACCCCAGGGCCCAGCUGCAGGGCCUGCCGGUACCCCAAGGAUUAUUGAACUCGCUGUGCAGCUGAAAACAGGGUACCGGCUCUAAGGCCUUGCAAGGAGCGCAGGGUAUUUCCUUCCAAACAUUCCUUGUACAGUACAUGAACAGGACUGGCUGCAGACAGCGUCUUGCUGGGAGAGCCUGUUCAUCAUUUAUCUUCACAGAAUAAACCGGCCGGUGGAUAGGCCCAGGCAUCUCUUUAUGCAUCAAACUGGCGGCUCACAGUUCUUUCUGAUAGUCAUUCCAGACCCAAUCUCACCCAGAGAGGGGGGAAAAGGCAACCUCUUUAAGAAUCUAGUGGGGCAAUCACAAAAGCCCCCUACUCUAUUACCCCAACCUUCUUCUGAAUGCACCCAAUCCCACCCCCUCAGUUCUAGCAUGUUCACACAUUUUACCCCCGAUACAGAUGUCUCAGCACCUGGAACACAGUACUGCUCACACGUUCUGCUGCAAGUCUUUAGGAAAAGCACACGUGCACAUGUGAAGCAGUGCCCAGUGGCAAACACAUGGUCUCUGCUCCUAGCCCAAGGGGAAGGGGUGGUAAAUCUAGAGUAAGCGUCUAGUGACAAUUUAUGCCAUGAUCAAUCUGGUAAAUCUUUAAGGUGCAAGGAAAUGCUCUUACUUAGUUAGAAUUCCUCUGAGGAAACCCUUCCUUCCAAUAAGUAUGUAGAGGAAAGCUAUGGGUAUCCAGUGACAAAACCUCUACUGAAUAGCAGUCUUUCUCCACACUUGCAUUUCGUAUUUGACCACCUCAAGAUCCACCCCACCCCCCUCAUCCCUUCCAGUCACUGCCCUGUCAAGGUCAUUACUGUAACUUGACAGGCAAGAAUGCUGACUCGAGAUGCCAGUUAUAGAAAUAAAACACAUUUGAUGCAAA